GUGAAUAUUGUGCAAAAUGUAAGAAGCAGAGUGGAGCAGCUGAUCACCCCGUGGAAAUAAUUUUGCCGAUUCAAUUAAUAAUAAAUUAAAAAAUUUUUGAUGAAAUGUUUGGUCUACAACGUUUUACAAACACUAUCGGCACAAAAUUAUUCAGAAGGGCAGUUGUGUACAGUAGCAGUAGUACAGUCGCACGACCAGUCGCUGCUUGCACGGCAGAGAGAGGUAUUGAAACUGUAGCUCCUAAAGAUGAUGUCACAAAUGAAACAUCUCCCGGGACUAAGAAAAAAAGUACACUUGUAGCAGCUGCUUUCGAGUCAUUGAAAAAUUCCGAUGAAAAUAACACAGAAAAAAGCACACCCACUCCAAUAGACAAUGUUAUAAAUGAAAGAAUUAUUAAUGCAAAAACUGUUAAUGGCCUUUUGGCGAUUGUUGAUGGCGAUAAGACAAUAACAAGAACACAUGCUUUUAAAAUUGUAUCGAUUUUAUCCGAAUGGAGCUCUAUAAAUAAAGUUAAAAUUUCUGAUUUUGAAAAUGAUUCUCGAUUUUUGCGCGUUUGUCGUUUACUCGGACGUCAUACAUCGAAAGCUUCUAAUGUUAAUAAUACAAAAGCUAUAAGUGGGUUUCGGACGGAUGACCUCAAUACAGUGCUUGGUGUAGCAGGCGACGAUGAAGCAGCUAAGCUCAUUGCUAGUAUAAGUCUACCGCAAAUGGUUAAAGUUAUGAGUGCUUUGGCAUCACGAAAACGCAGAAGUACACCUUUGUUAAGGUCACUUGCAUUCAAUAUUAGCAGUUCAACAGAACAAUUGGAUCUAAAACAAUGUGCAGAUGUGUUUUAUGCAAUGGCAACAUUAAAUUUUCAAGAUUCUGUACUGGCUGCUAAAUUAUGUUCUGACGUACUCGCAACUUUAAAAAAAAAUACUGAAAAGUCUGCGGUGGUCGGUUCAAUAUUGACAAGUUUGGGAAUACUUAAAUAUCGCGAUUUAGAUAUUCUUGAAGCGCUUACGCAAUGGAUUUUGACAAAUCAAGAAAUAUGCCGACCUCAAGAUCUCAGCGCAUUAUUUUUGACUUCAGCUUUGUUAAAUUUUAGAACCAUGGAUAUUGAAAAUGUGCGUAGCAAACUAGUCAAAUCUAUAGUAAAAGAGGAUUUUCCAAAACCUAGCGACUGGCUUAAUCAUGUAUGGGCAUUGGCUUUACUAGAUUUGAUAAAUAACAACCACUUAGAAUCAGUGCUUAAUUCCAAAUUUCUACAAACCUUGACCGCAAAAAACAAUUUAUCUCCUACAAGUAAAAUGAAGCUAUUAAAUUUAAACAGUUAUGCGCAAAUAUUAGCAAACAAUUACAAGGGUUCCCUGCUUCCUGCCGAUAGUGAUAUAUUUAAUGUACCAAUAGUGCAUAGUAAAACAAAAACAAUAUUACUUAAUGGUAUGCUUGAUGCACUGAAAAGUUUACUACCCGCAAAUAACCAUUUUAAUAGUCUAGUUGAUAGUAAAAUGGGUUUUUUAAUCGAUGCUGUAUGUAUAUUUGAUGAAAAGCGCAAUCCAUUGCCAUUGAAUACAGAUAACCCUAAUAGCAAAAGAGUUGCGCUUAUGGUUAUUGACUAUCACGACUUAUGUCACGGUGCUCAUCGCUCUUUUAAUGGCAUUUUGUUUUUAAAUUUUAACCUUCUGGAGAAAAGUGGAUAUAAAGUCAUACCUAUUCCGCAUAAUGAGUUCAAUACGAGCGAUAAGUUGCUGAAACGUGUGCAGUAUCUAGAAACAAAGUUCAAAACGUUAGUUAGUAAGAGGGCCCAGUAAAUUAUGUUUUAUAGAACAUUUU